AAAAUCUGCAAGUGCUCGACAAGACCCCAUGUCUCCCUUCUGCAUGGUGGUGACAUUCAUAGUGGGCCGGACCUUCAACUGGUCUAUCCAAUGACCGGCAAGCCACGUAUGGGAACUGCCUCUUUUAGUCGCUCAACGUCGUCUACCUUGCAGAAGGAUCCCUGCCGCUGCUUGCAGCCACCGUCUUCCGCGAGUGUGACCGAGUGGUACAAUGUCCUUGUACCGCUCACUUCGAGUGGGGUGGUUGGCCAGGUGGUCGACGUUACCCACCAUCAUCCGGGUGACUCGACCACAAUCCAGCGAACCGGCCAUGCUCAUUGGAAUCCGCAAGCGCAUAUCCGGCUCAAGUCACCAGCUGCUACCCCAAUUUGGGCUAAUUUGCAUAUGUUGUGGUCUGUAAUUAGGCCACAAAAGUCAUGGGUUAAAAAAGGAAUUACCCCAAAUUGCGUCUUGUUGCUAUUUUUGAACACAGCCUUCGUCGAUGCGCCGGCCUACGAUGCAGCUAGAGUGGUGGCCGAAGAGGACGAGGCCACGAUAUAAGUCUUCACACCUCCAAUCUAAGGAAACAUUUUUUUCGAAGAUAGAUGUUGUGAAGGGUAGAAGAUCCAAGUGUCGUUCCAGUUUCCCUUUAACUAUAUUCCUCCUCUCUCUCUCUCUUCCUAACCUCCCUUCCUCUCUCUAUACCUUUCUCAUUCCGCUAAACUCGACUAACGUGAAAGGCAAGCUGGUACUUGCUUGGAUCCUAUCAUUCAUUCGACGAGAAGAAAAUAAUACUAAUUUUGACGAAUUUCGAACACACCCCAUACCAUUCCGCGCUGGUCGGUCUUAU